UGAUCAAGCCGGUCGGGUGGUUGAGUCGCGCGCUGCGCCCCCCGGAGGUCCUUGGUGACGCCCCACUAGCUAGACGCGCGGCGCGGCGUCCGCGGGUGUCCGAGAGCGCCCUUACUAGGCCCCCGCAUGCCCAGUCCUGCGGAUGGUUUUCCUAUGGCGCGCGAGAGAGGCCGGCGCGCUGGGGGGGGCGCGCGCUGCGAAGCGCGCGCCGCCGGUCUAUACGACCGACCGCCCGGCGCGUCCGGAAUCGCGAGAAGUACAAAGGGAGGGCCGCGCGCGCGCCCCGGUCGCGCGGCCCCGGGAUUCACGCCUCGCGGCACAGGCGCGUCGACAUGGGGGAGAAGUCCGUCGAGGAGCUGUACCCGCUGGUGCUCCAGCUGACGGUGCCCGACUCGCCGGAGCACCGCGAGUCGGCGCUCCUCGAGCUGAGCAAGAAGCGCGAGACGUUCACGGACCUCGCGCCGAUCUUGUGGCACAGCUUCGGGACCAUGGGCACGCUGCUCCAGGAGAUCGUGUCCAUCUACCCCAUGCUGAGCCCGCCGAACCUGACGGCCCACGCGUCGAACCGGGUCUGCAACGCCUUGGCGCUCUUGCAGUGCGUCGCGUCGCACCCGGAGACGCGGGGCCUCUUCCUCAACGCGCACGUGCCCCUCUACCUCUACCCCUUCCUGAACACGGUGUCCAAGAACCGGCCCUUCGAGUACCUGCGGCUGACGUCGUUGGGCGUCGUCGGCGCGCUCGUGAAGAUGGACGACAGUGACGUCAUCAACUUCCUGCUGCAGACCGAGAUCAUCCCGCUGUGCCUCCGCAUCAUGGAGACGGGCAGCGAGCUGUCGAAGACCGUGGCGACCUUCAUCGUCCAGAAGAUCCUCCUCGACGACAUGGGCCUCAACUACGUCUGCGCGACGGCCGAGCGCUUCUACGCCGUGUCCACGGUCCUGGCGAACAUGGUGCUCACGCUCGUCGAGCAGCCGUCGAUCCGCCUCCUCAAGCACAUCGUGCGCUGCUACCUGCGCCUCAGCGACAACCUAAGGGCGCGGGAGGCCCUGCGCCAGUGCCUCCCCGAGAGCCUCCGCGACCAUACGUUCGCGGGACACAUCAAGGACGACCUCACGGUCAAGCGCUGGCUCAGCUCCCUCCUCUACAACAUCUCCGAGCAGGCCGUCAUCGACGCCGCCGGCGCGAACAACGGCUCCGCGGGCGGCGCGCCGCUCUCCGGGUGAGCCGCCGCCGGCCGUUCCCGUGUUUCGACCUUCGACCGCCCGCGCGCUUCCGUCUUUGUUCUCCGUGUCUCCUGGCCAGACCUAAAACUAGC